AUGACCUCAGCAGACCCCAUCGACGUCGUAAUAAUCGGCGCAGGAUGGAGCGGUCUCUCCGCGCUGAAAACCUACCAUGAAGUACACCCCAACGCGCGCAUCGAGCUUCUAGAAACGGCAUCCUCGAUCGGCGGCGUAUGGGCAAAACAUCGGCUCUACGCGGGUCUGAAAUCGAACAAUAUGCGGGGAACAUAUGAGUUCAGCGAUUUUCCGAUGGAUGAGGAGACGUUUGGCGUGAAGGAUGGGGAACAUAUUCCGGGGGCUGUGGUGCAGAGGUAUAUGGAGGCUUUUGUAGAGAGGUUUAACCUUAAAGAGAUGAUUCGGUUGGGGGUUCGGGUUGAGUCUGUUCGUGGUGAUGAUCAAGGGAAUGAAGGAGGGUGGGUUUUGGAGACGGUCGAGUCUACAGAUAUCUUUGCGACGAAGACAGAGGAGAAGGAGGUUGAAAAGCCAAACCAGACAAUCCACACCCGCAAACUGAUCGUCUGCACGGGCAUCACCUCGCAGUCCUACCUACCCACCUACGAAGGCCAAGACACCUACGCCGCGCCGCUCCUGCACUGUCGCGAUCUCCCCCUCCACCAAGACCGCAUCUUCCAACCAAACGCCCGCGUCACCGUCUUCGGCGGCACAAAAUCCGCCUGGGACGCCGUGUACGCCGCCGCAUCGGCCGGCGCACACGUGGACUGGAUCAUCCGCUCGAACGGCCACGGGCCGGUGUGGAUGGCGCCGCCGUACGUGACGCCAUUGAAGAAGUGGCUCGAGAAGCUCGUGACGACGCGCCUAUUGACCUGGUUCAGUCCGUGUAUCUGGGGUCCCGCGAACACGGGGAUCCGUCACCUCCUGCACGGGACGUGGCUGGGUCGGAAGAUCACUGACGCAUUCUGGUUCAUCCUCGGCGACGACGUGGUGAAGUUGAAUCGCUACGAUGCGCACCCGGAGACACGAAAACUCAAGCCCUGGGUGAGUCCGUUCUGGGUGGCCUCCGGGUUGAGUAUCUUGAACUAUCCGACGAAUUUCUUCGACUUGGUGACGGGUGGUCGCGUGCAGGUGCACGUUAACCAGAUUAGCCAUUUAUCGGAGCGUGCGGUGCAUUUGGUUCAUCUCCUUGACAAGAACGGGGACAGUGAUGAAAGCAAAGUCUCCGACACCGAAUCCCUCGUCCUCCCCUCCGACGCCCUGAUCAGCUGCACGGGCUGGCAAGCGACGCCGAACCUGAACUUCCAGGCAUCCGAGUGGCUUCCCCACCCAGACCUCGCACUGGGCUUCCCCUGGUCCGAGGACCCCAUCCCCAAACCGAUGGUCUCAGCCGCAGACAGCGAGAUCCUCACCCGCUUCCCCCGACUCAUCGAUCAGCCAUCUCUACCCUCAUCCUACAAGCCCCUAGCGCCAGGGGCGCCCGCCACAGCACGCCACCCGUUCCGACUGUACCGAUUCAUGGUGCCCCCAGCACUAGCAGCGUCCCGGUCGAUCGCAUUCAUGGGGUUAACGAUGACGAUCAACACGACGAUGGUAGCGCAAGCGCAAGCACUGUGGAUCGCAGCAUACUUCGGGGACUUCAUGGCGUUGACGCCUCGCGAGCGAUGUCCCGAGGACCUGCGAGCCGAGUUACACGACAAGGGCACAGUCAACGAGGCGACGGACGUGGAUCUCCUCUGGGAGACGGCACUGCAUAGCCAGUUCGGCGUGCAUCGGUACCCCGGGGGAUUUGGGAAACGGAACCCGGAUUUCGUGUUCGAUGCGCUGCCGUAUGUGGAUCUAUUGCUGGGGGAUCUGGGAUUGGAUAUUGGUCGGAAGCAGGGUGGGUUGAAGUGGUUGGAGCCGUAUGGGAUGGAGGAUUAUCAGGGACUGGUGGGUGAGUUUAUGUCUGGGAGACAAUAA